GGCGGAGGGAGCCAGCCGAGUCCGAACCAAGCCCCAGCGAGAGAGCCGGCGGCGGGGCCAGGCGCGCAGCAGCGGCGGGCGGCGGACGGCGGCCAGCGGCCAGCGGCCAGAGCCCAGCACCAGGCACCUCCGGCCUCCCAGCCAGCCCCGCGGCGGGGCAGCCGCAGGAGCCCUGGCUGUGGUUGGGGGGCAGUGGACCAUGCCGGGGCAGUGGAAGCCCCACCUGGAAGCAGGCGGAGGAUAUUAGAGACAUUUACGACUUCCGUGAUGUUCUAGGAACAGGGGCCUUCUCAGAGGUAAUCCUGGCAGAAGAUAAGAGGACUCAGAAGCUGGUGGCCAUCAAAUGUAUCGCCAAGAAGGCUCUGGAAGGCAAGGAGGGCAGCAUGGAGAAUGAGAUCGCUGUCCUACACAAAAUCAAGCACCCCAACAUUGUAGCCCUGGAUGACAUCUAUGAGAGUGGGGGACACCUCUACCUCAUCAUGCAGCUCGUGUCAGGUGGGGAGCUGUUUGACCGAAUUGUAGAAAAAGGCUUCUAUACAGAGCGGGAUGCCAGCCGCCUCAUCUUUCAAGUGCUGGACGCCGUCAAGUACCUGCAUGAUCUGGGCAUCGUACACCGGGACCUCAAGCCAGAGAAUCUGCUGUACUACAGCCUGGAUGAAGACUCCAAGAUCAUGAUCUCUGACUUUGGCCUCUCCAAGAUGGAGGACCCUGGCAGCGUGCUCUCCACAGCAUGCGGGACCCCAGGAUAUGUGGCCCCAGAGGUGCUGGCUCAGAAGCCCUACAGCAAGGCAGUGGAUUGCUGGUCCAUUGGAGUCAUUGCCUAUAUCCUGCUCUGUGGUUACCCCCCCUUCUAUGACGAGAAUGAUGCCAAACUCUUUGAACAGAUUUUGAAGGCCGAGUACGAGUUUGACUCUCCUUACUGGGACGACAUCUCUGACUCCGCCAAAGACUUCAUCCGACAUUUGAUGGAGAAGGAUCCAGAGAAGAGGUUUACCUGUGACCAGGCCUUGCAGCACCCCUGGAUUGCAGGAGAUACGGCUCUAGAUAAGAAUAUUCACCAGUCAGUGAGCGAGCAGAUCAAGAAGAACUUUGCCAAGAGCAAGUGGAAGCAAGCCUUCAAUGCCACGGCUGUGGUGCGGCACAUGAGGAAGCUACAGCUGGGCACCAGCCAGGAGGGGCAGGGACAGACGGCCAGCCAUGGGGAGCUGCUAACACCAGCAGCUGGGGGUUCUGCGGCUGGCUGUUGCUGUCGAGACUGCUGCGUGGAGCCAGGUCCAGAAGUGUCUCCCACACUGCCCCCCCAGCUCUAGGGGCUGGGAUCCCCUAUGUGGGAGGGCCUGGGGGUGGCCUGCUCCCACUCCCUCCAUAAACUGGGGAGUUACCCUGCCUCACCCCCCUCUGAAACCCUUUGCCUACCAUACCUCCACUGCCUUUUCCAUACAAAUGUUUCUAUUUUAUUGUUCCUUCUUAUAAUAAAGGGAAGAAAUUAAAACCA